AUGAUGUCAGAAUGUCACAAGUAAUGUAACUAUAUGAGAUACAUUAAAAGACAAAACCUAUUUAGAGUAUACUUAGAUUUGGGAAAAUAAAUGUGCUACACUAGGUGCUUGUACAAGUUAUGAUGGUAUAAAUAUAAAUGCAGAUGAUAAUUUAUUAAUACUGAAAAAUUUAUAUAUUUUUUAAAUAUAUUACCAAAAAAUCAGAGCCUAGACAUGUGAGGACAACCGUAAUAAUUAAAGUGGAUGCGCAAAAAAUGUUGAAGAUUGCUUAUACUAUUAAACUAAAAGUUAAGAAAAAAUCACUUUUGCAUUAUGUACACUCCCAGAAGAUUAAGCAUCUGAUACUGAAAAUAAGGAUUGUGUGAAGGAAUUACCGAUACAAGAGACUAUAAAUGCAAAUUGGAUAGUAUAAAAUGUGCAAAUAGAGAAUGCAGCGAUUUACCAACAGCCAACUUAACUUUUACACUAUUUCUGA